GACUGGCUUGACGCGAGUCCUGCCCACUGGGACGACGGGGGAGAGAUGGCUGACACCAUAGCUGAUACAAGGAGGCUAUUUACCAAGCCCCAGAACCUAAAUGACGCUUAUGGACCCCCGAGUAAUUUUCUAGAGAUUGAUGUCAGCAACCCGGAGACAGUCGGGGUCGGCAGGAGCAGAUUUACCACGUAUGAAAUCAGACUGAAGACCAACCUGCCCAUCUUCAAGCUGAAGGAGUCUCGUGUACGGAGGCGGUACAGUGACUUUGAGUGGCUCAGAGCGGAGCUGGAGAGAGAGAGCAAGGUGGUCGUCCCUCCUCUCCCAGGAAAAGCCCUGAUCCGGCAGCUUCCAUUCCGAGGGGAUGAUGGGAUAUUUGAUGACUCUUUCAUCGAAGAGCGGAGGCAGGGUCUGGAGCAGUUUCUCAACAAAGUGGCUGGUCACCCUCUGGCCCAGAACGAACGCUGCCUGCACAUGUUUCUACAGGACGAAUCUGUGGACAAGAACUACACCCCGUCCAAAGUCAGACAAGCCUGAAAGACAGGAUGGCUCCUCUUAGCCUGGCCUGGUCUGGCUCGGCUCCACUCAGCUCAGCUCAGCCCCACAACCCCAAAGCUCUUUCAACUACGAUAGGUUUCUCUCGGACAGCAAACAUUUCAGUUGUCUUCACUUCCCGACCCCUCCCAAAAUCACUUAUUGUCCCUUUUUGAUUAAUGAUCUUGCCUGGUGGUUGUUGUCACCUCGUAAUUGGAUCCGAGUAAGGAUGUCUGAUGCAUUUUAACUGUGGUUGAAAAUAACUUAAUAAUUUCUCUUUAUGUCUGGAAAUUUCACUAACAUGGGUAUGUUAUGUAUGUAUCAGUGAAAUAUUUCUUCAGUAUAUUCAUUUAUAUCGUAACCUUGAAAGAAUGUUCCAUGUAUGCAGACCUCUUGUAAAAACCCACUGUUUACCAUAGUAUAUCCAGCUGGCAUGUCGCUCACCAUUACUAGGACCUUAACACACACAUUGUUGAUGGGCUUUGCCUUUCUGAUCACGAAAUGAAGUCCUUUCUUCAAACCGAGGCAUGUGUGUGUGUGCACCAACCAGCACCUCCCUGUUGUCACAGUGAUUUUCUAGCAAGUAAGAAGAAAUAUACACAGAGGGAAAUGCAGUAUUUCUACUGGCUAUAUGCAUUUUGAGAUUUGUAUACUGCUGUGCCAUUUUUGUUUAUUUUGAAAAUUUUCCAAUAAAACAGGACAAAUGCACUCAUGCAUAUGUA